AAGGAGGCUACCGCGCAUGCUCAGAACCCGGGGGGAGGCGGUGGGGGAAAAUGGCGGACAGCAAAGAGGGAGAAGAGAAGCUGAAGCAGCCGCAGGCAGACGGAGUUAAGAAACAUCAUGGACAGGCUGUUUGUAUGACUUGGAAAACAUGGCAGGAAAUUAUAGGACCUGAAGAAGAGGCAGAAAAACCUGUGAAAACUAAGACUGUUUCUUCCAGUAAUGGAGGGGAAAGUUCGAGUCGAAGCGCAGAGAAACGAGUAGCUGAUGAAGAAGCUGAAGACUUCACCACAAAGCCUGCUCCUGCCAAAAUGUCCAAGUUUGGAUUUGGCAUAGGCAGUCAGACAGCAAAGAAGGCACCUGUGAUAUCCAUCAAACUUGGAGCAAAUAAACCUAAAGAGCCUGCUCCCACCCUUGCUCCAAAAACCCUUUCUGUAGCAGCAGUUUUCAAUGAAGAUGAUGAUAGUGAACCAGAAGAAAUGCCUCCAGAAGCAAAGAUGCGCAUGAAGAAUAUUGGAAGAGAUACACCAACCUCAGCAGGACCAAAUUCUUUCAACAAAGGAAAGCAUGGGUUUUCUGACAACCAGAAGUUGUGGGAACGGAACAUAAAAUCUCAUCUUGGAAAUGUCCCUGAGGAGGAUGACUAAAUGAUAUCUGUGGAGAUUUGGGUGUGGGGGGGAGGGCAGGGUGUGACAUUAAAGGAACAGUUUCCUUUUUUAAGAAUGGUCUGAGAUUUACCUUUGGAGCCACUUUUUCUAAAGAUUGAGUGGUACAAUAAUAACUGAGUUUGAAAUUAGAGGUAAUUUAUGUUUUGUAUACAGAUUUCAACGCAUUUGCUAAUUUUGUAGUUCUAUGUGAUUAGUUUCAAAAGGUUACAAAUAAUAAAGAAAUUGGAAGUGGUA